CCCCCGCCCCCCGCGUCCCGCCCCCGCCCAGCCUCCCGCUCAGUGCGCGCCGCGCCUCGCUCCCGAGCGCACAGGCGCCGGCUCCGCCAGCCCAGCGGCCGCGCCGGCGAUGCGGGGCCGCCCCGCGCCCGCCCGUCUCCCGGCCCCGGCGCCCGCGGGAAGGCGCUGAGCCCCCCGCCGCCGUCCGGAUGGCGAGUGUCGCCGCGCUCGCCCUGUGCCUGCUCCUGCGGCUGCAGCGGCCGUGGCUGCCCGGCGCCCGCGCGCAGAGCGCCGCAGGCGGCUGCUCCUUUGACGAGCACUACAGCAACUGCGGUUACAGCGUGGCCCUGGGCACUAAUGGCUUUACCUGGGAGCAGAUUAACACGUGGGAGAAGCCAAUGUUGGACCCAGCAGUGCCCACAGGUUCCUUCAUGAUGGUGAACAGUUCCGGAAGGGCCUCGGGCCAGAAAGCCCACCUUCUCCUGCCCACCUUGAAGGAGAAUGACACCCACUGCAUCGACUUCCACUACUACUUCUCCAGCCGUGACAGGUCCAGUCCUGGGGCCUUGAAUGUCUAUGUAAAGGUCAACGGCGGACCCCAGGGGAACCCCGUGUGGAAUGUGUCUGGGGUUGUCACCGAGGGCUGGGUGAAGGCAGAGCUUGCCAUCAGCACUUUCUGGCCACACUUCUACCAGGUGAUAUUUGAAUCCGUCUCUUUGAAGGGUCAUCCUGGCUACAUCGCUGUGGACGAGGUCCGGGUCCUUGCUCAUCCAUGCAGAAAAGCACCUCACUUUCUGCGGCUCCAAAAUGUCGAGGUAAACGUGGGGCAAAAUGCCACAUUUCAGUGCAUUGCCGGUGGGAAGUGGUCUCAGCAUGACAAACUUUGGCUCCAGCAAUGGAAUGGCAGAGACACGGCUCUCAUGGUCACCCGUGUGGUCAACCACAGGCGCUUCUCAGCCACAGUCAGCGUGGCGGACACGGCCCAGCGGAGCGUCAGCAAGUACCGUUGUGUGAUUCGCUCAGAUGGGGGUUCCGGUGUGUCUAACUAUGCAGAGCUGAUUGUGAAAGAACCUCCGACGCCCAUAGCCCCCCCAGAGCUGCUGGCUGUGGGGGCCACAUACCUGUGGAUCAAGCCGAAUGCCAAUUCCAUCAUCGGGGACGGCCCCAUCAUCCUCAAGGAGGUGGAAUACCGCACCACCACGGGCACCUGGGCUGAGACCCACAUCGUUGACUCUCCCAACUAUAAGCUGUGGCAUCUGGACCCUGAUGUGGAAUACGAGAUCCGGGUGCUCCUCACACGACCAGGAGAGGGAGGUACAGGACCUCCAGGGCCACCUCUCACCACCAGAACCAAGUGUGCUGACCCAGUGCAUGGUCCACAGAAUGUGGAGAUCGUGGAUAUCCGGGCCCGCCAGCUGACCCUGCAGUGGGAGCCCUUUGGCUAUGCGGUGACCCGCUGCCACAGCUACAACCUCACGGUUCAGUACCAGUACGUGUUCAACCAGCAGCAGUACGAGGCCGAAGAGGUGAUUCAGACCUCCUCCCACUACACCCUGCGUGGCCUUCGUCCUUUCAUGACCAUUCGGCUGCGCCUCCUGCUGUCCAACCCCGAGGGCCGGAUGGAGAGCGAGGAGCUGGUGGUUCAGACGGAAGAGGAUGUUCCAGGAGCUGUUCCUCUAGAGUCUAUCCAAGGGGGCCCAUUUGAAGAGAAGAUAUACAUCCAGUGGAAACCUCCCAAUGAGACCAAUGGAGUCAUAACACUCUAUGAGAUCAACUACAAAGCUGUUGGCUCCCUAGACCCCAGUGCCGAUCUGUCCAGCCAGAGGGGGAAGGUGUUCAAGCUCCGAAAUGAAACCCACCACUUGUUUGUGGGACUCUACCCAGGGACCACCUACUCCUUCACCAUCAAGGCCAGCACAGCAAAGGGCUUUGGUCCUCCCGUCACCACCAGGAUCGCCACCAAAAUUUCAGCUCCUUCGAUGCCUGAGUAUGACACAGACACUCCACUGAAUGAGACGGACACGACCAUCACGGUGAUGCUAAAGCCUGCUCAGUCGCGGGGAGCCCCUGUCAGUGUGUAUCAGCUAGUUGUCAAGGAGGAACGGCUUCAGAAGUCUCGGAGAGCAGCUGACAUCAUUGAGUGCUUCUCAGUGCCUGUGAGCUAUAGGAAUGCCUCCAACCUUGAUUCUCUACACUACUUUGCUGCUGAAUUGAAGCCUGCCAACCUUCCUGUCACCCAGCCAUUUACUGUGGGUGACAACAAGACUUAUAAUGGCUACUGGAACCCUCCUCUUUCCCCUCUGAAAAGCUAUAGCAUCUACUUCCAGGCACUCAGCAAAGCAAAUGGAGAGACCAAAAUCAACUGUGUUCGUCUGGCUACAAAAGCACCAAUGGGCAGCGCCCAGGUGACCCCGGGGACUCCACUCUGCCUCCUCACCACAGGAGCCUCCACACAGAACUCCAACACUGUGGAACCAGAGAAGCAGGUGGACAACACUGUGAAGAUGGCCGGCGUGAUCGCAGGCCUCCUCAUGUUCAUCAUAAUUCUCCUGGGCGUAAUGCUCACCAUUAAAAGGAGAAGAAAUGCUUAUUCCUACUCCUAUUACUUGUCCCAAAGGAAGCUGGCCAAGAAGCAGAAGGAGACCCAGAGUGGAGCGCAGAGGGAGAUGGGACCCGUGGCCUCAGCUGACAAGCCCUCCACCAAGCUCAAUGUCAAUCGCAAUGAUGAAGGCUUCUCCUCUAGCUCUCAGGAUGUGAACGGAUUCACAGAUGGCAGCCGUGGGGAGCUGUCCCAGCCCACCCUCACCAUCCAGACGCACCCCUACCGGGCCUGUGACCCAGUGGAGAUGAGCUAUCCUCGGGACCAGUUCCAGCCGGCCAUCCGGGUGGCCGACCUGCUGCAGCACAUCACGCAGAUGAAGAGAGGCCAGGGCUAUGGGUUCAAGGAAGAAUAUGAGGCUUUGCCGGAGGGACAGACAGCUUCAUGGGACACAGCCAAAGAGGACGAAAACCGCAAUAAGAAUCGAUAUGGGAACAUCAUAUCCUAUGACCAUUCCCGAGUGAGGCUGCUGGUGCUGGAUGGAGACCCACACUCUGACUAUAUCAACGCCAACUACAUUGAUGGGUACCAUCGUCCUCGGCACUACAUUGCAACUCAAGGUCCAAUGCAGGAGACCGUAAAGGACUUUUGGAGAAUGAUCUGGCAGGAGAACUCAGCCAGCAUCGUCAUGGUCACCAACCUCGUGGAAGUGGGCCGGCACCCAGCGGAACACACUGUGGGCAAUGCCACGCUAGGCCGUGCGGCGUCCCCCGGAAUGGUGAAAUGCGUGCGGUACUGGCCGGAUGACACGGAGGUCUAUGGGGACAUUAAGGUCACACUGAUUGAAACCGAGCCCCUGGCGGAAUAUGUCAUACGUACCUUCACAGUCCAGAAGAAAGGCUACCACGAGAUCCGGGAGCUUCGCCUCUUCCACUUCACCAGCUGGCCUGACCACGGCGUCCCCUGCUAUGCCACAGGCCUCCUGGGUUUUGUGCGCCAGGUCAAGUUCCUGAACCCCCCGGAGGCCGGGCCCAUCGUAGUCCACUGCAGUGCUGGGGCCGGAAGGACAGGCUGCUUCAUUGCCAUUGACACUAUGCUCGACAUGGCUGAGAACGAAGGGGUGGUGGACAUCUUCAAUUGUGUGCGUGAGCUCCGAGCCCAGAGGGUCAAUUUGGUACAGACAGAGGAGCAGUACGUGUUCGUACAUGAUGCCAUCCUAGAAGCUUGCCUCUGUGGCAACACCGCCAUCCCUGUGUGUGAGUUCCGUUCUCUCUACUACAACAUCAGCAGACUGGACCCGCAGACAAACUCCAGCCAGAUCAAGGAUGAAUUUCAGACCCUCAAUAUUGUGACUCCCCGCGUGAGGCCUGAAGAUUGCAGCAUUGGGCUUCUCCCCCGGAACCAUGACAAGAAUCGGAGCAUGGACGUCUUGCCACUGGACCGCUGUCUGCCCUUCCUCAUCUCAGUGGACGGCGAAUCCAGCAACUACAUCAAUGCGGCCCUGAUGGACAGCCACAAGCAGCCUGCUGCCUUCGUAGUCACUCAGCACCCACUACCUAACACCGUGGCCGACUUCUGGAGGCUGGUGUUCGACUACAACUGCUCCUCCGUGGUCAUGCUGAAUGAGAUGGACACUGCCCAGCUCUGUAAGCAGUACUGGCCUGAGAAGACUUCGGGGUGCUAUGGACCCAUCCAGGUGGAGUUUGUGUCAGCAGACAUCGAUGAGGACAUCAUCCACAGAAUAUUCCGCAUCUGUAACAUGGCCCGACCCCAGGAUGGGUAUCGCAUUGUCCAGCAUCUCCAGUACAUUGGCUGGCCGGCCUACCGGGACACACCCCCUUCCAAGCGUUCGCUGCUCAAAGUGGUACGACGGCUGGAGAAGUGGCAAGAGCAGUAUGAUGGAAGGGAAGGCCGCACAGUGGUCCACUGCCUAAAUGGGGGAGGCCGCAGCGGAACAUUCUGUGCCAUCUGCAGUGUGUGUGAGAUGAUCCAGCAGCAAAACAUCAUUGAUGUGUUUCACAUCGUGAAAACAUUGAGGAACAACAAGUCCAACAUGGUGGAGACCCUGGAACAGUAUAAAUUUGUAUACGAGGUGGCACUGGAAUAUUUAAGCUCCUUUUAGCCCAGUGGGAUGGGAACCUGCGUGCGGAGGUGGUGCAGCCCCGCCCCCAUUUCUGUGAAUGUGAGUGACUGGGACCAGGGGGCGAAGAGGGGGCACCCGGCCCGGCCAAGGAGAAGACUGGCAGCCUGCAGUGG